CGGUGACUCUUUUUGGCGCGUUGGUACACACGCGUGGUUAGUUCGUAUAUCUGCGCACAAUGGUUGUAAAAAAAGAAGUUAAGGAGAAAACAAAUAACCCGAUGCGAGAAAUAAAAAUCCAGAAGCUGUGUCUUGAUAUCUGCGUUGGGGAAAGCGGUGACAGACUAACUCGAGCUGCCAAAGUUCUAGAGCAACUGACUGGACAGCAACCUGUUUUCAGUAAAGCACACAAAACUAUCAGGAGUUUUUCGAUUAGACGUAAUGAAAAAAUUGCUGUCCACUGUACUGUGCGGGGUCCAAAAGCAGAAGAAAUUUUGGAAAAGGGCCUAAAGGUGAAAGAAUACGAGCUUCCUAAAUCAUGCUUCAGUAAAACCGGAAACUUCGGCUUUGGACUGACGGAACAUAUUGAUCUUGGAUUAAAAUACGAUCCCGCUAUUGGAAUUUAUGGGAUGAACUUCUACGUCAUUUUGGGCAGACCUGGGAUGCGCGUUAGAUAUCGACGUCGUUGUCAAAGCCGCGUUGGCAAUAGCCAUCAUGUCCAAAAGGAAGAAGCUAUGAAAUGGUUUCAAACAAAGUUUGAUGGUAUUUUGCUAAACAAAUAAUGUUGUAAGACGUUGAUGAGAACCUGAUGAAAUAAAAGGAAUUCAUAUUCAUAUUAUUAUCUUUUUUCUUGCUCCAUAUAAUAUAAUAAAGGGAACUAUGUGUAUGUAAAUUAUUUUUGUAUUGACUGAAUCGUAGUGAACAUCAACUUUGAGAUGCAGGUACAUCCAGCUGACGAGUCUCAAAUAGAACGAAGCACGCUAUGAAUUUCACUGUUAACCACUAUCAUCUCUACUUAAAUUACAAGUAGGAAACGCUUUUAUUUUUUUAGGUUCAAGCAGGUAAAAUGAAUUGAGUGCAACUAAUCUGUCAACAUAAUUUUGAAUGGC